AUGGAGCCGACCACUGGAUCGCCGCAUCCGGCGAAGUUUGGAGCCCGCAACAGGCCAUAUCCUCGCUCAAACACUCUGACGAUAGUUCUCUCAAUAUCACAUGUUCCUCGGACCUGCAACAAUCGAAGCUCCGACCUGCUACUCAACAUGACCGUGAAGGAGAAAAUGUUUCGCGAAGCCACGAAGACUGCUAAGUCCAAGAUAGGAAGUCCGAGGCAAGAAAGCCCAAUGUCUCGCAAGCCCGUAGAAAGGAACGAAAGACAGAUGCGUCAAAACCACCGGGAUCAGACAACGUGGCCGAUGACCCAGCUCUUCGUCGCUCAGCGCGCAUUGCUGCUCAGUCAGCUGCGACAAAAUAGCUCAAGCGUGGAAGAAGACAGAAGGACGGCUCACGUCGCCACUAUCGAACGAAUCUAUCGCAUGGAUCUAUGGCAGGACUUCAUAGACCAGUCCAAUCGUUUACCAGGUCACUCACCAGCUGAGGCACGAGCGUAUUGGGAGAAAAUAGAUCGGCUCCCAUACCAGCAAAGGAAAAAGGCUCACGACCGCGCAUACAAGAAAGGCGUUGACAGAGCCCCCUUCGGUACCUUUGGAUUCCGUUAUAUCUCAAAGAGGGACGUUUCUGAUCACGUCUGGUUCCGGGAUCAAGCAUUGGGAACUUGGAGGUACUGGAUCAUCUCAGGAACUGGAUGUGUGCACGAGACGUUCCACCUUACUCCUCCACCCACGAUACAACUUGCUUGGGAAAGCCAGCUCAAGACUCGUGGCCAUCCUGGGCUUGAUUUGCGCACACAGCCCGCGUUCCACUUGACCAAAUAUGGAGUCGUCCAUGUCAGAGAGAUGCCGCUCGCCAUCAUCACCGAUCACGAGACUUGGAUCAGUACUGAACCUCUAAAGACCCAAGACGUCGAUGAGGCUGUCUCCAAGCACUUCCGCAUACCAUUGAAACGUAUCGUGGAUCCUUGUCUGGUCGUCGAGAUCUCUGAUGCUAUUCUGAAGUUGAGAAUAGGUCGUCCCUUGUAUGAUCCCUUUUCUCCUUUGGGCUUCCCGGUUGACUACACCGAGGGGUAUGAAGAGUACGAAGACGAAGAUGAGGCCGGAGAUAAGUACGACGAUGAAUUUGGUCAUCUAAUGUGGGGAAUGGCUUGUUGGGACUGGGUCUUCUCAGACUUUGAUUUCAAUUUGAAUCCUUACGGGCCAGUCGGCGACUACUUCUUCCAGCAGAACGGCGACAUAUAUACCUUGACCUUGAAAAAGCCUGAGGGCUUGAGUCAAGAGGAUGACGCGGCAUGGCAUGCUGACGUUCCCUACGGACCGUUCGCAUCAUUUGCCAGAGCAGUCGAAGCAACCUUCUGGCCACCGACCCCACCUGCUGCACUCAACUCCUCAGGUAUCCCGCGAUCGAGCAGGAGGUCCCAGAGAUCUUCCAAAUCUCCUACUUACAUUUAUCCCAACUCGCCCUUCCCUCUAGCCUCGGUACCAAUCACGCGCUACAAAUAUGGAAAGCCGUGGGAUUCGAAGAAGGUUUCACAUCCAGCAGUCCACUUCGGGGUCUCUACACCAGCUCUUGGUGAUAUUGCGACUCAUUCAAAUGUGGCACUACCUGCUCAGCCAUCUCCUCCGCCAGUGAUCAGAUCGGCAAGAUCACCUCGGUCGAACAGAAGGACAGCGAGUACGAUGAAUAGCCCCUCACAACUUCGUUGA